GGGUAGAGUGAGAAUUAUGUAUUCCUGAAGUGGCUGUGGUGCACAGCCUGGAUUUCCAAUUGGGUGUUAUCAUGCCUCCAGGCUUACCUAGUACCUACCUAGGUACUGUCCACCAAUCAAAAAUUACUCCUCAGCCUCAUCGGUGAGAUUGUGAAGAAGGAAAAUCCGUUCACAUUUCUCAUGAUCUGGUCGCUUCAUUCAUCUCAUCUUUUCAGAGGAUACUAAGAUGGCAUCGAUUGAGAUGUCGACUCAUUUAGGAUCGCGCCCUUCAGCUUCGGCAGAACAAGAUCUCGUUGUGUCCGCGAGUGAACCUCUCGCAGUUGAUAUUUCUCUGAACAACCCCGCAUCUCUUCCUUCCUCUGGAGCAGAUGAUUUGAACGCCGAUCCGGUGAAUCCGGCACCACAAGCUACAACUACAAAACUGGGUCUCUAUCAAGCCCUAUGGGGUUGGUUGAGACACACAGAAAUAAGAACUACCCCGUUAACGCUAGCUCCAACGUUGCUCAGUCUUAUCCUCGCAGUAAUAUAUGGAACCUCUACUUGGAUACAAUCGAGCACUGCUGCUGAUUCCUCAGCAAAAGCAAAUCGAUUGGCUCUUUUCACGGCAUGUAUAUCAUUUCCAGAACAACCAAAUAUUAUCAAUUCGAAUUUUUGUAGAGAAAACCGCGAUGCUAGCUUAGACGGAUUUGCUAAACGCGACGUAGCAGCCAUGAGUCUGCCGGUACUAUGGGAUAUGGAUGUGCUUGCAGCAGCUCUGGAAAUUGUACAACCUGCCUGGCAAUGUAAAGCUGUGUGUGGACAGGAAAGGGUGCUUCAUUCGCCAGAUUUAGCUCUCGUAUUCUCUAUUCCGAUAUCGAAUGGCGAAAAUUGUCACCUCGACUGUGUUAAACCUAUUGAGCUUACGCAUGGGCAGGAUAGAGGUCGCCAAAGAACGUUCAAUACACUAGUUGUUGUGAUUUUAUUCCUCAUAAUUUCACCGGCAUUUCCUCGAAGUUAUCCCAUCUUCCACCACAUCGCCAUGGUCUUUGUAAUCCUACUUCCAGAACAGUCUUAUCAAACCAUCACAUCAUCAAUUGUUUGCUUCGGCUCGAAACAGCCCGCCUUGGUCAAGAUAAUAUGCCUCAUUCUUUCAGUCUACACCGUCUUAACCGUGGCCCGCUCAACACCAAUACUGCACUUCUUCUGGUCGCCCACUUCAUCGGUCUUAACCUGUAGUGUUUCAUUUGCUGGGUUUAUUUUUGGCUUGUCCAGGGAAGACAGCUCUCCUGUCUCUUUUCUGCAGAAUAAUGUGCAGGUGUCAUCGUGGAUUCUAAAUUUUGAGGAAUUUAUAAGACUACUUAGUGAUAUUCGGCAGCCACAGAGUAUAUUUUCUGGCUAUUGGGGGUUUGAAAAUGGUUCUACGCAAACGACUGGGGAACAAGGUCGAAGUAAAGAGAGAGAAAACAAAUUAGGGAAGAACUACAAGCUGAAGGGAGAGUAA